AUGGUUUCUGAGGCCCCCCAGGAUCUGCCCGUGCGCCCUGCCGCCGAGGCUCAGGGCCAACCGGCCGCUGCCCCGCCAAACGAUGCCAAAGCGAAAAAGGCCCCCGCCCCCGAAGUCCUGCCCGAGUGGAUGAUUGAGCGCAACAAGCUUUUCGAAGAGCUCUGGCAGCAACAUGUCGAGGAGACCAAGACCCGCGACCACCCAGAUAUCAAUGUUACCCUCGAUAUUGGCGAUGGCAACCCCUCCCCCGUCCCCGCCAAGGCCUACGAGACCACUCCUGGAUCUUUCCUGCGCAACGUGCCAAAGGAUGUGAGCGCCAACAUUGUGAUUGCGAAGGUCAAUGGCGAAUUAUGGGACCUCAACCGCCCUCUUGAGGGUGACUGCAGCGUUCUGCUGCUUCCUUUCAGCAACCCUGAGGCUCGGGAGGUGUUCUGGCACUCUAGCGCUCACUGUCUUGGUGAGGCUUGUGAGUGUGAAUAUGGAUGCUUCUUGUCCCAUGGGCCCCCCACCGCAGCUGGGUUCUUUUACGAUGCACGUGAUUUGCUUGUUCUGUCCUUGACGAUGGCAAUUCCUGAAGGGCGUGUGGUUAAAGAGUCUGAUUGGCCGGCGCUUGACAAGCGUACCCAGGGCGUCUUCAAGGAGAAGCAGAGCUUUGACCGGUUGGAGGUCUCCAAGGAAAAUCUUCGGAAGAUGUUCUCCUACAGCAAGUAUAAGCUGCACUACAUUGAUAAGCUGGUGACUGGUGAGAAGAGCACGGUCUACCGUUGCGGUACUUUAGUCGACUUGUGCCGUGGUCCUCACAUCCAGAACACUGGUAAGAUCAAGACUUUCAAAAUCAUGCAGAACUCAUCUGCCUACUUCCUGGGUGACCAGUCUAACGACUCCCUUCAACGUAUUCGUGGUGUCGCAUUCCCGGAUAAGAAGUUAAUGGCCGAGCACCUGAAGUUCCUCGAGGAGGCAGAGAAGCGAAACCAUUUGAGAAUCGGCAAGGAGCAGGAACUUUUCUUCUUCGAUGAACACUCUCCAGGAUGCCCUUUCCUUUUGCCCGCAGGAGUGAAAAUUUUCAAUCAAAUCCAGAAAUUGCUUCGGACCGAAUAUCGCAAGCGUGGGUACCAAGAGGUUCAGACCCCUAACAUGUACGAUGUUAGUCUCUGGAAGACUUCCGGUCACUGGGCUCAUUACAAGGAUGACAUGUUCAAGCUCGACGUUGAGAAGCGCGAGUGGGCUCUUAAACCCAUGAAUUGUCCUGCGCACUUUUUGACUUUCAAUCACACGACGAGGUCUCACCGUUCGCUUCCAAUGAGGCUGGCAGAUUUCGGUGUCCUGCACCGUAACGAAGCCUCGGGAGCUUUGAGUGGACUGACCCGCGUGCGCAAGUUCCAGCAGGAUGACACCCACAUCUUCUGUACCCAGGACCAGAUCAUGUCUGAGAUUGAGGGGUUGUUUGACUUCCUGCAAUCUAUCUACGGUCUCUUUGGCUUCACAUUCAAGUUGAAGCUGUCGACCCGCCCCGAAAAGUACCUGGGCUCGCUUGAUACCUGGGACUAUGCUGAGGAUCAGCUCAAGAAGGCCUUGACCAAGUUCAAGGGUGAUGACUGGACCAUUGACGAGGGUGACGGUGCCUUCUACGGCCCCAAGAUUGACAUUACCAUUGCCGAUGCACUGCAGAGAGACUUUCAAUGUGCCACUAUACAAUUAGACUAUCAAGCUCCGAUUAACUUCAAUAUGCAGUACAUCACCAAUGAGAAGGGUGAAAAGCAGAUGAUUCAAGAACCGAAGGAAGGUGAGGAAGCCCAGGCUAAGACCAACUCCAAUGAGCUGCCGGUUGGCCGUGCCCGCCCCGUUGUCAUUCACCGGGCCAUCAUUGGUAGCUUUGAGCGAUUCUUAGGUAUCAUUAUCGAGCACUACGCCGGCAGGUGGCCCUUCUGGCUCAGUCCGCGCCAGGUCAUGAUUGUGCCCGUCAUGCCCGCUCUGAACGAGUAUGCCGAGGAGUUACAGGAGAUUCUGCGUGGUGACAAGCUGAAUGUCGACAUUGACAUCAGUGGCAACACAUUGCCUAAGAAAAUCCGCACUGCUCAGUUGGCCAUGUACAACUUCAUCUUUGUUGUGGGUGCGCAGGAAAAAGAAGGACGCACCGUGAACGUUCGCAACCGUGAUGACCCUGCCAGUCAGAAGCAGGGUGUCAUGAUUCCCCUGGACGAGGUGCGGACCAAACUCCGGGCAUUGCGCAAGGAGCGCCGAUUGGUGAACGCUCUUUGA